UGAAAAGCUGGACAUCACCCCUAAAAGUGCCCAGAAGAUAAAGCCGGUGCUUGAGCGGUGGAUGGCUGAGGCUGAGGCCCGCCAUCGAGCAGGUAUGCAGAACCUUACCGAGUUUAUCGGAAGUGAACCAUCCAAAAAGCGCAAGAGGCGUACCUCAUUCACGCCACAGGCCCUUGAGAUCUUGAAUGCUCACUUUGAGAAGAACACGCACCCCUCUGGGCAGGAAAUGACAGAGAUUGCAGAGAAACUGAACUAUGACCGGGAAGUAGUUAGAGUUUGGUUCUGCAAUAAGAGGCAAGCACUGAAGAACACAAUUAAACGUUUGAAACAGCAUGAGCCUGCGACAGCAGUUCCUAUGGAGCCCUUAACAGACUCACUGGAAGAAAACUCCUAAAAGCAAAACAAAAUAAAACCACACACAAAAAUCCCUGCACCGACAGAAACCUAACCAUUCGAACUCUGUGAAAAUACCUGUUCAUCACCCUUGUAAGUAAAAGACUGAGAAAACUACAAGAAGGACAGAACAGUUUAUAAUUGUCCGUGGGUUUUCCUAUAUAAAAACAAAACAAGGAACUGCACAACACUUAGCGUGUGUGUCGUAGAAUUAGUUCCCCAAAAAAGAAAAAGCCAGUUG